AUGUUGUCCACUUUUCCGGUGCCUUUUCCCGGCGACUCCUUCUUCAGCAACCCGUUUCUCACUUUCGAGCCCGGUUCACUUCCAUGGGAGCACCAUGAACCGGGUCUCCCCUUUCACCCACCAAAUGUAGACGAACCGGCUGUCCUCAUCCCACAGCCCUGUCCGGAACCGGCCAGUUCCGCUUCCGGUUCCGGUUCAGACACCUCGAACCUAGCCCCGAGUCCCGGAUCCAACGAACCGUUUCGAGUCAAGACAUUUACCUCGAAAACCGGUCCGAUCCGGAGAAACUCUGAAAAAUUAGUAAGCCCCGGUUCUGACGAGACCAGUCCCUUAGACCCCGUCGUAGACGACAAAAAACUUAGGCGCAUGAUAUCAAACCGGGACUCGGCCAGGCGGUCACGUAUGCGAAAGCAGAAACACCUGGAGGACUUGAGGGACCAAGUGAACCGGAAUAAGGUCGUGAACCGGGAACUGAUGAACCGGCUGCGGCUGGUGGUGCAUCAGACACAGAUGUUUUGCGCGGAGAACGAGUUCCUCCGGUCGGAGGCGGCGGUGCUCCGCCAGAGACUGUGGGACGUACGCCAAGUGCUGCUCACGCGCCAGCUUUUGAACCAACCGAGCGUUAAUAACCCCGGACUUUACUCAAUCAACUCCUUAAUCACGUAA